GGCCGCUGCAAGCAAAGAGUCCGAUCGCGGUUUGCCAACUCCAACGCACUACGAUUUGAGAAGCAAGCAAACAGCCCACCAUGGCACCUAAAAAGGGCCGCUCGCAAAAGUUUGCCGAGCUUCAGGAGAAGGCUGUCAAGGACUACGACCCUGAAGCCGAUGCCCCUGCUGGUGACAGCGAUGAGGAUAGCAACAGUGAUGGCGAUUCAGAUGGCCUCACCGGCACUGAGCACUAUGUAUCUGUUGGCAAGAGCAAGCUCCGCCAGGCCGAUGUCGACAACCUUGGACCGCAGUAUAGAGGAAAGCGAGUGAGCCGGUCAGCACUCGACGAAAGCGACGAUGACAGCGACGAUGACAGCGCAGAGGAGUCCGAUGAAGAGGACGCCGAGUCCCAGGGAGACGACUCCUCAGCUGAGGAAUUUGCCGACCCAGACACCGCCGACCUCGAGGCCGACCACAUCGACGCCGAUGAAGAGAUAGAUAGCGACGAUGCGCUUGGUGCCAGCGACGAGGAGAAGUUUGCGAAGUUUACCUUCCGUGGCAGCUCAAAGCCCAGGGUCGGAAGCGCACGCCGUAGCAAACGCCCCAUCGCAGCUGAUUUCCUGAGUGGCUCUGAGGAAGAUGAGGAGGAUGCGGGAAGCGCCGAGUCGGACCUGGGUGAAGGAUCCGAAGACUCGGGUGACGAGAGUGACGAAUUGGAGAGCGACGAAGUCUCCGGCCCAAGCGACGCUUCAGAAGACGAUGAGGACGACGAGGACGAAGGCGACGAGGAUGACUCGGAGGGCGAAAGCGACGAAGAGUCGAAUGCCAAGAAUGCAGACCUCAGUGCUCAACUACGGAAGAUGAUGGGACAAGAUGGUGCACAAAAUGGAGGCACGCAAUCUCAAGCUGGUCUAGAUAAGGGACGCGCGGUUCGUCAGCAAAGACGAUCAUUCGACUCGCUUCUGAACAUUCGUAUUCGGCUUCAGAAAGCCCUGGUCGCUGUGAACUCUAUGAGCACUCUGUCCGAAAACGAGUCUACUGAGGGCCAGCCGUACCAGGCCGCCGAGGAAGCGGCGUUGAAGUUAUGGAGCACUAUUGAUACCUUCCGCCGGUCUCUGACACCAGGAUUAUCGGCAACAGCAGCUGGUCAAAAACGGAAGAGAGAUAUCGACAUGGACACGCCUCUGCAGGACCUCUGGGAAGACAUGGGGGUUGUUGAAGCUAGGGCGGCAUCCUACAGAAAGAAGGUGUUGGAAAAAUGGUCCAGCAAGACAAAGAGCACCACCGCUGUCACAUCCAAGCGACAGUUGGGUACUACCACAGUCGAGUCCCUGACUUCGGUUCUCGAGGACCAGCUAGUCAACCCGGACCGUUUGGUUAAGCGCACGCGUGUUCCCCGCUCGUGUGCCCCGAUACAGUCGAGCAAAAAGGUACAAGAGGACGAGAACAUUUACGACGAUGCCGACUUUUACCAGCUCCUGCUCAAGGAGCUCGUGGAUCAGCGUACAUUGGACGGUUCUGGUGGCGGUGCUGGAGGAUCCGUGCCGACGGUUAAGUGGGCAGCCGUCAAGGAGGCUAGGACCAGGAAGGUUGUUGACCGAAGGGCCAGCAAGGGUCGCAAGUUGCGAUUCACUGUUCACGAAAAGUUGCAGAACUUUAUGGCGCCCGAGGACCGGCGAACGUGGGAGCAGGACGCCAUCGACCGCUUCUUCGGCACAUUGUUUGGCCAGAAGAUGGAGUUGCGCGAGGACGCUGACGGCGCUUCCGAGGAUGAAGAUAUGGGCGGUGUAGAUGUUGAUGGCCCUGGCCUCAGGCUUUUUGGCUAGUGAUCUCUGCAGAUGAUUCAACGACAGGCUAGACUAAUUAAGUUAAAAAAAAAACAAGUAUAGAAAAAACAAAUCAAGAUUGGCUGUCCUCUGGUUGUCUAA